GGAGAAGGGGGUGCGGGGUGAGGGGUCCUGCUAGAAAUUGCUGGAAACAUCUAGUCGCAACACAAAUACUUGCUAAUUACCUAGGAUGGAAAGAAGAAGACAGAAACAAGGAGAGGAAGAAAAAGGGAAAGAAGAAAAAUUUAGAUCAGAUGCCAUGGACAGGGAGGACUCAGAAAUGAUGGAUACAGAAACGGCGGCGUCGGGAACCAACCAGAACGACGUCGUUAAAGACUUACUCUCGUUGGCUCGCCAACUCAUCAAUGAAGGGAAGCCCUCUCAGGCCCUCCAAACGGUUGUUAUGGCAAUGAGAACCAGAGGUGGAGAUGAGGCUAUAUUUCAGUCUCUACACCGAGCUCGUGAGCUAUAUAGAAAUAGACUGCAAGCCAAUGCUGCUGCUGAUCAGUUGGCUUGUUUGUUUGCUGAGUGUGCAAUUGCAGAAGUCGAGCCUUGCAAUGCUGAACCUUCACCACAUGAUGUGGUUAGUCCAUCUAUUGCACCAGAUUCUAAUGAAACUUCCAUACUGGCUGAAACUGGUAGGAGACAAAUUGUGUUGGAUGCAUUCUCAGAUGGUAGCAGUUUCAUCUGUUUACAAUGUGGAGGUCUCGUUAGCAAUCAUCGCAAAGAUGAGCACUAUGCAUACUGGUGUUGCAAAAUCUGACUUUGCAGGGUACUUGGUCUUCUUAGUGUAUGACUGCGGAACUGCAUCGUACUUGUAUUUGGUUUGAAUGUCUUGUUGCUUUCAGUUCCUGCUUUAUUUAUUAGCCACACAUGCCAGACGUAGUGACCAUAAACAAGUUGAAUGCCUGAUUUAGAGGCCAUGCAUUACCUGAAGUGGAGUGAAUUUCUAAGGCACAUCCUCUUUGUAUAAUAGUCUAGAGUUUUGUAUGUUCAUAGCGAAAAACCUUUGUUGUAGAAUUUAGGCAAAUAAUUGGAUGAAGCAUUUGGCGGUGUUUUGACAUAGUAAUAUUGUUAGUGUUUGCAACAGUGCUUUAUGUUCUGGUGGUGUCCUAUAUCAUACUCAGCCUACUUGGCAGGAUUUGUUGAUUGUCUUUGCCUGUGGACUUGGUUGUGAUCUUAUAGUGUUCUAUCUAUGCUUGUUUUCCUGUUA